AUGCACAGAGGCCGGCCGCACUGCCGGGCACGCCCAUGUAAUGCCUGCCUGGCAUCCCCUCACGAUCCAUCGUCUCCGCCGCUGUCCUCGGUGGAGACUGGACGACUAAACUUGGUCGAGGCCUCGAAUCCGCAGGCCGACGACAUCAGUCCCCGACAUGCUGCGGAGUACUCCGCCAUGAUCAAACUUUCCUCUGAAAGCUAG